GAGCUUUCAAGUCAGAAGCACUGUUCCGUGUAGCGGAAUGUUGUCGAUCUGCAGCAAGAUGAUGUCUCUGAAAACUGGGUGGAUUCUUCUCUGCCUAGCUUCUAUUUCGUCUGGCUAUGAAUAUUGUUACGAGUAUGACGGUUUUCAAACAAAGAGCUUGACAUGUGUAUACUCAUGCUGUGGAACUAGCAGUUACAGAUAUUGCUGCGGCAGCUCGAGUUCUUCUUCAAGCGUUGGUGUGAUUAUCGGCAUCGUCGUUGGCGUCGCUCUCCUCAUCGCCCUAGUUGUAGGAAUAAUCGUGUGCUGCGUCUGUUGCUGCAAGUCAUCCCCAGGUCAUCGAGGUCAAGUAGUGACGAGCGGGCAACAACUUACUGUUAUAUCUGCAGGUCCGAAUUCGGUCAGUGGUGCAUAUAAUGCUGGAUAUGUCCACACGAUUCAGUCUCCUCCUGGAACAUUCAUCCAACCACCAGUUGCAAUGGCACAACCUCCACCACCCUACUCUCCACCAAUAGGACCAGGCCACCCCCAGAACCAGGGCCAGGCCAUCCACCAGGACCAGGACCAGCACAUCCACCAAUGCAGGGACAAGCCUAUCCACCAAUGCAAUCACCAGCACAUCCACCAGGACCAGACCAGCCCCCAGGACUAGAACCAGCCCACCCACCAGGACCAGCCCACCCAUCAUUGCAAGGACAAGCCGCCCAUCGACCAUCACCCGCUGGAUCUACUGCUCCUCAAAUGGGAAACAUCUCUGAACGCACCAAAACAAACGACGGUGACGAGCACGUGUACACCAGCCUGCAGUUUUAGAGACAAUUCGGUUCAGGACCACUCUUAACUCACCACACCAAACCACAUGCAUCUGUAAUGGGAAGCGGUGACACCAAUGCUGUUAUAUGUGAUUGUGCAUACUACCCAGUAUGACUGUGAAACACCAGGUGUCAUCAAUAAUGUUCAGCGAUGCAUUCCCACAAUGUUCACAACUAUAUUUCCUUUUACCCUCAAUAGAAUCUUUUCCCGUAAAUAACCAAGACUGAUAAUUCCUCAGCGUUGAUAUUAAAUGAAUACGAAAGACAAUUCACCAUGAACUUGGAUGUAUAACGUUUUGGCUGCAGUGGGGAUAAACAAUAUAUGUUGUUGGUAGCUUAAGCAUUUCAAAUGAUAUACCUGUUUGCUUUUUUAUACUGUUUACGUAUUUCAUACUAAUACCUGCAUGUAAAAAUGUGAUCACUUGCACAGGGGCUUAAACUUAUAUCUUGUGUCAUAUAAUUUCAUUCUUUCUUCAAUUAUUCAUAAUAUCGUUUAUAUGUUUUGACGUCCAAGAAUGAAUGUAGUCAUCAAUGAGGAUUUUUGAAUUUCUGUAAGGACAACAUGCGUGGUGUCCAUGCGGUUCCAAACCAUAGCAUGUUUUUAGAUCUAAUACGGCAGAUGAUAUAGACAAAAGUAGUACAAUGCACAGCACACGUACAAUAGAUCCGGGAAUUUGUGACAUUAAAGCUGUUAUAAUACUA